AUGUCGGACUUAGGAUCGGAUAUCGAACAGGAUUCAAAACCAAGAUCCAAGUAUGUGAAAUUGGUGUCUUCAGACGGAUUUGAAUUUAUCAUCCUUCGAGAAUUGGCAGAGAUUUCACCAACAUUGGCAUCGAUGCUUGAUGAAAGCUUCGAAUUUAAAGAAAGUAAAUUGAAUAAGAUAGUGUUAAGAGAAAUGGACUCAUUUUUGCUAGAAAAAGUGGUGGAUUAUUUAUAUUACCAUAAAAAGUUCAGUGAUAAGGACGAUGUACCUGACUUCGAAAUACCGACAGAGAUGGCAUUAGAGUUGCUAGUUGCCGCUGAUUUCUUGAAUAUUUAG